CCUUUACAGUUACUACAGAGGUAUAAAAGAAUGCGGAAUGGCAGUUAGAUCUAUAGCUGUGCUUUUACUUUCGAAAUUAUGUUUGGAGUAAAUGUGUUUAUCUCGCCAAGUCGAGCUUCACACCCGGUUUACGGUCGCAGGCUUCACUUUAUAACCAAACCAAGCUAGCUGGUAGUGAGCAUCAGACACUGAUCACGAUAUCAAGGUGGAGUGUCAGUUUGAUUAUCCUCAAUGCAGCAGUUUAUGUUUCAUUUGCGUGUGCUUAAAAGUAUGUGGCGCUAAAUGACAACUUCUGUCAAGUUUGAUAGUACCAAUCUACUAGCGUCUUAGUUAUCUAACGCUAGCCGUCCUAGUCGGAACUUUUCUCGUGGUUUGUUUUUUGUUUAUCGUGCUAAUUUAGAAUAGAGUAUUUAAAACAUAUAUAAAGCUAAGUUGCAUGCCCAUGUUAUUAGAUAGCUAGCUUGAUUUGUCAGUCGUUUAUAAUGAAUCUAGCUGGCUAUGUAGCUAACCUAGCUAGCUUGCUGUUAUUUACUUCCCAGCUAGCUAACUAGCUAGCGUCAUGCGAGGGAUCGAUCUUAAACUUGACAUGGUCAAGUGGAAAUGGGAAUCUGAAAUAUUGCGGUCUUUAAAGAGAGGUUAAAGACAUAUGUCUGCUGACGUCCUUGACACCAUUGCUGCUCCAGGGAGAGUCUGUUUCUAACAUUAGCUACCAUAUACGAUGAGUCAGAUGACCUGAUUGGCGAUUUUCAGUUUCUGCACAUUUUCAAUAAUGUCUAGAAUAGCGUGGUACCAGGAAAAGAUUGGAGCUUAUGACCAGCAAAUAUGGGAGAAAUCUCUGGAACAAGCUGAACUUAAGGGUAUCAGAAAUAAGCCGAAGAAGACUGGCCACAUCAAGCCUGACCUCAUAGAUGUUGACCUGGUGAGAGGUUCCACAUUCAGUAAAGCCAAACCGGAGAGCCCGUGGACUGCGCUGACCCGGAAAGGCCUGGUCAGGGUGCUCCUCUAUCCUUUCUUUUUUAAGUGGUGGAUCCAGGUUACGUCCAAAUGCAUCGCCACCAGCAUCCUGGUACUGUACUUCCUGCAAGUGGCAGCUGUUGUGUUGUAUGUGGAAGUUCCUGCAGCUACUGCCAGCGAGGUGCUAGGUCCCAUGUGCCUGAUGCUGUUACUGGGAACAGUGCACUGUCAGAUCGUGUCCACAGAAUCCUGUCGCAGCUUCGACAGCAACCCGCUCAACGUCCAGGUGCCGGGUCGCGCUCCCAGCUGCCCCACAAGCCCUGCGCGCAGGAAACGACACAGGAAGUCUAGAGGAGUGAAGAGAGCAGAUCACAGGGAUGGUGGGGGGGUGGAACUGAAAGCAUGGCACCUUAAGCAGAACCAGCGCUUCUACAGAUCCCAGAAGAACCGGAGCUUCCUGGGGAGGUCUGCGGAAGGGCUCUCUGAGGACCUUUCCACUGAGGAAGAGGAAGCAGAGAAAGCCGGUCGUCCUGGAAACGACCUCGCCCCGUCUCCUCAUGCCAAACGUGCACCUGCCCUCAGGAAGAGGUUUCAGAGCCCUGCAGAGUGCCCCACUACUCUCUCCUCACAGCGCCAGGAAGAAGACCAUGCCAUGACAACGGUCACCACAGCAACGCCAUCACAGGUAGAGCAGUCGCAGCCCUCUGAGAGUUCCCGGCCCGCCUCUGACUCGGAAGACAUGUUGUGGGAGGAGUUCCUGCAAGGUCCUGACUCCGCCUCAUCCGCAAGCAGCUAUAGUGAGGAGGAAGGACUUCACCAUCAUAACCACACCGUUCCUCCACCCGCUGUCCUCACGAGUGACGAUGAAGAGGCCUUCUCACAGCACCAGCUUUCCUGGCUGCAGGUGUGCCACCCUUCUGAAGACCGAGUCAGCGCCAUCAUCUGGGAGCAGGGCGAGUGCAAGAAGGCCGACAUGUCUGUGCUGGAGAUCAGCGGCAUCAUCCUGACACGGGUGAAGCUGGUGGAGCAGGGACUGGGCUACCUGGUUCUGGGAGGGCUCAUCACGGCCACGCUGACCCUCCUCCCCUUCUGCUUCCGGCUGACCCAGCAGCUGGAUGCCAUGCGUCUCACCUCCGUAACCCUGCGAGAACUGGUCGUCAUGGCUGCCGGGAUGCCUAGCCUUUUCUCAUGCAUGUUUUUCUUUAUCACUGCUGUGGAGAGAGUCUUCCUCACAAGCCUCUUCUUCUUCAUGAUGUGUGUUGCUGAGAGGACUUACAAACAGCGGCUCCUCUUUGCCAAGCUCUUCAGUCACAUAACGUCAGCACGCAAAGCCAAGAAAUCGGAGAUCCCUCACUUCCGACUGAAAAAAGUGCAGAACAUCAAGAUGUGGCUGUCGCUCAGAUCUUUCCUCAAGAGACGAGGGCCCCAGCGCUCGGUGGACGUCAUCGUGUCCUCCAUCUUUCUCCUGGCGCUGUCCAUUGCCUUCACCAUCUGUGCUCAGCUGCUGCACAGUCACCACACGUUCCUGGACUGGGAGAGCAACUGGGAGCUGCUGGUGUGGGGCGUAGCUCUGCUCGGCUUCCUGCUGCGGCUGGCCACGCUUGGUACAGAGACCAACCACAAAUACAGCAAUGCCUCCGUACUGCUCACUGAGCAGAUAAACUUGUACCUUAAGAUGGAGAAGAAACCUGCCAAGAAAGAUGAGCUGAGUAUCGUCAACAAUGUGCUAAAACUGGCCACAAAAUUACUGAAGGAGUUGGACACCCCAUUUCGUCUGCUGGGGCUGACGGUGAACCCCCUCAUUUACAACAUCACCCGUGUGGUCAUCCUGUCCGCCAUCUCUGCUGUGGUCAGUGACCUGCUGGGCUUCAAUAUCCGACUCUGGAAGAUCAAGCCAUGAUGUGAAGCAGCUGAGGCAGUUCCUGUGUGCUGGGCAAAGCGUCGGCCUUCUGCCGUGCCGGAGGACAGAGCACUCAAACAUUCACACCGCUGUGCAAAUCUACUGACCAAAUCUAUGCAUUACUGGGCCACCGUCACCUGUGCUCCACAGCCAGGCUUGAUGCAUCUGGAAACAACUUUGGGGUCUUUCACAUAUAGUUAGUUGUCCUGGUGUGGUUAAAUCCUAUAGUAUUUAAUAUGCUUAAGAUGCAAACACACACUAAAUAAAGUUUUUAAGUACAGCAUGUUGGUUGAGAUGCAAAUUUAAAAAAUGUUAGCUUUCCAGCUUCUAGUUAGUGGGGGAAAAUUCUCAACAUAUUAAGCCCAUGUGUAAACAGGGGGCCUCUGUUUUUAGAUUCUGGACCAACGGUAACCACCAGGAUUCUCUUAUGCCAGAGUACGUUUGUGCUAACGCUAAUUUCUCAGCAUGUCACAUGUUACAGGAAGCAACGACAUAUAUGUGAAAGUUUCCAGCCAGAAUGAAUUCUAGCAUUUUCAGUGACUGUUUUUAGAAAUUUGCUCUGUUGAGGACCCUGUGUCUCUGGCUGAUUCCAGAUGUGUUGGGAAGCUCUUUAUGCCUUUGCCAAUGUUGCUAGAAAUGCAAACUGUUAUGUUUAAGCAUACAUUCCAUAAUAUGUCCUAAAUUCCCAGAAUCCUUUGCUUUUCAGGAAUGCCACCCGAUGAGAGAGCCACAGCUUCAAACAUAACCACUAAGUGCCUUGUAAAUAUAAAGUAUAGGUUUUGACAAUCAAAACAAGCUAUUUAUGGGAUUGCAGUUGUGUAUUUAAAAAGGUACUGGAGAAAUUGCACAUUGUCUGGUUGGAGGCGCACUUCAUUCAGUUCUUAUUAAACUUUUUUCUAGUUGA